ACGAAGCGAAAAGUGUAAACACAAACAAGUAAACUUUGCGGAAAAAGAAGCGCUGUUUUGCUUGGUUUCCGAUCAGAUUCCCCGUGAAAAUGGGUCUCGAUUUCGACGUGCAGGACUACAUUAAAACCCUGAACAAAAACAGCCCCCCGUUCCGGUGCCCCAAGUGUGACAAAAAGUACAAAUCCGUCAUCGGGUUGCAGUACCAUCUGAACAACUACGAUCACGACAAUCCGUCUCCGUCGACUGCGGCGGCGGCGGCGACAGUAGCGGGACCGUCGAAGAAUGCUGCGGAAGUGCAAACUCCAGUACAGCCAGUAGCGGAAGUGACGACAAAGACUGCAACGGUUCCCAGUGCUGGUGAGGAUGGAAAGGGUGAUGGUGUGGCAGAGAGUGAGCCGAAAGCAGUGGACAAUGAGAAGCCCGGAUCGAGUGGGAAGACGAAAGCUGGGAAAGGCGCGGUGGCCAAGGAGACACCCAGUCGUCCGUCGAACAAUAACAAACAGAGGAGUCAGAAGAAGAAGGUAGCGGUGACACCGAAGAACAAGACCCCUGCGGCAUCGGCGAGGGAAUCGUUGACCUAUCUCGAACCGGAAGGAUUGAUUAAGAUCGAGUUUGGCGGGAAGAAUAUCAAUCUUUCCAUAGACGAAGAGUUUGAAUUGGUAGGAUUGGAUGAAUUGAAGAAAAAGUGGAACGAUCCGGAUGGGGAGGUAUUCGUGGUUCCACCACCGACGGAGCCGGAAGUUAAACUUCCGCAAGGCAAAUUCAAAGAAAUUGAAGAAUACACUAUCCAUGACGCUCCUGCCCGGCCGAACGCCUACAUUCGGUUCAUCGAGAAGAGCACCGAAGAGCUGGAUGGAGAAGUCGAGUACGACGUGGACGAGGAGGACACGACUUGGUUGGCCAUAAUGAACGAGCGCAGAACGCAGCAGAAUCUCUGUCCGGUGCCGGUAGAUUCGCUGGAACUGCUGAUGGAUCGCCUGGAGAAGGAAUCCUACUUCCAAGCGGCGGUGACCGGUCAAAACGGUGCCAUCGUGGACGACGAUGCCGUCUGUUGCAUUUGCAUGGAUGGCGAAUGUCAGAACACGAACGUCAUCCUAUUUUGCGAUAUGUGUAAUUUGGCGGUACAUCAAGAUUGCUACGGAGUUCCGUACAUCCCUGAGGGUCAAUGGCUCUGUAGACGAUGCCUGCAGAGUCCCAGCCGCUCGGUAGAUUGCGUCCUGUGUCCCAACACGGGUGGAGCAUUCAAACAGACGGAUCGGAACCAGUGGGCGCAUGUCGUUUGUGCUCUCUGGAUCCCGGAGGUUCGUUUUGCCAAUACAGUAUUUUUGGAACCGAUCGAUUCGAUUGAAACGAUUCCUCCGGCUCGAUGGCGAUUGGUUUGCUACAUUUGCAAACAGAAGGGCAUGGGAGCUUGUAUCCAGUGCAACCGAAGCUCCUGUUACGCUGCAUUCCAUGUAACCUGCGCCCAACAGGCUGGGCUAUGCAUGCGAAUGGAUCAAGUCCGCGGAAACGAUACCCACCCAAUAGUGGUCCAGAAGACCGCCUACUGCGACGCCCAUACUCCGAUCAAUGCGCUUUCUUCUCCAGGGGAUUCCGGAGGAGAAACCGAUCCGAGAGAAGUUUGCCACGAAAAAAUGAAGAAGGCCCGUAAAAUGUUGGCCAUCAAGCGAACCUCAGCUCCGGUGAUUCUGAUCCCGACUAUUCCUCCGAAUCGAAUCGAGGAAAUUUCAACGCUUGUCAACAUUGCCAAGAAGCCACAAUUCAUCCAACGUCUGAUCGCUUAUUGGACUCUCAAGCGUCAGCACAGGAAUGGAGUCCCGUUGCUUCGACGACUGCAGAGCCAGGGACAAACUCAAGGCGCUCCGGGAGGACGCGACAAGAGCGAUGGUUCCCCGGAUGCCCGAGAACUCUACCAGCAACUGAAAUACUGGCAAUGUCUCCGCCAGGAUCUGGAACGAGCACGUCUCCUCUGCGAAUUGGUCCGGAAGCGAGAGAAGCUCAAGUUGAUCCUGAUCAAAACCAACGAGCAGUGCGUCAUGGCUCAAUUAAAUCCGAUCGAGGCCGUCCUUCACCGGAUCCUCGAUCAACUGGAAGCGAAGGAUGUCCAAGAAAUUUUCCGCGAACCCGUCGACACCGAGGAAGUCGCUGACUAUUUGACCAUCGUCAAGCACCCAAUGGAUCUGGGAACGAUGCGACAGAAGCUCAAAACCGGCUACUACACCCGCAUCGAAGACCUGGAAGCCGACUUCAUGCUGAUGGCAAACAAUUGCUUGACCUACAACAACAAGGACACCAUGUUCUACCGCGCCGGAGUCAAAAUGAAAGACGCCGGAACCAUCACCUUCCGCACGAUUCGCAAGGAACUGGAACGAGCCGGUCUUUUGGAGAAACCCCAACCGCUACCGGCUAUCCAGGGAACCGAAGAUUCACUUGCCAUUGACAUCGAAGCGGAACUGAACCUCCUGGCGCAGGAUCCACCCAGUCAGGAACUGAUCGAAAAGCUGCAGCAACAGGUCACCAAGGCCGGCGGCAUCAAACACGCCCUGACGCGGUCCAAGAAAAUCAAACACAUCCGAACGGAGAUUGCCAAGAUCAAGCGGGCACUCUCGAAGGAACCGGAGAAACCGACUCCCCCCGUCGAGAAGCCUCCGCCGGAACCGCAGCUGCCGCAGCCCCCGCAGAAGGAGCUACCGGUGAAAAAGUUGGCAGCCGAAGCGGCCAUCGCAACGAAAUCUCCCAAGCUGCAGACGCCCCCGGCCAGUCCGCUGAAGAUUCUGAACAACAGUCCGUCGCCGUCGGGAGUUAAUCGAAGAACGGCCGUCCUGUUUACCCGCAAAGCCCAGGCCGCCCUCAAGAAGCCGGAAACCCCAUCCAAGGAGGAAGCGGCCAUCGCAGCAACGACGGAACUACUGCAGAAAACGGCCAAAAAGGCUACCCGGGGAAAGCGAGGCGGAUCGAACAAAGGCAAACAGAGCACCGCAGCGGGGGCGGCGGGUGGCAUCGGUGGUCCGGGGGAUGGUGGCUUCCUCAACCUGCCGGGACCAUCCGGAACGGGGCGAAAGUCGCUGGACACGUCGGAGAAGAAGUCCUUCGAAGCCAUACCGGACAGUUUCCGGGUGUACCGCGGCGGUCAGGAUCGGGAGAUUUCCGACUCGGACGACAGCAAUCUCAGCUUCACCGGCAGUACCUGCAGCAGCUGUAGCGGAUUCAGCGGCAGCGGAACCGAGUCGGAGUUCGGAAGUUCCAGCAUGGAUGAUAACGAAUCGUUCUGCGACUCGGAAAUGUCCACCAGCGAAACGGAGGCGUUUCCGGAGAAACCCUUGCUCGAGCCGCUCAAACUAGUGUGGGCCAAAUGCCGGGGCUAUCCGUGGUAUCCCGCAUUGAUCAUCGAUCCGGAAAUUCAGAGUGGUUUCGUGCACAACGGAGUUCCCCUACCGGCUCCUCCGACAGACGUCCUCGCCCUGAAGGCCAACUACGAUGAACACGUGUUCCUGGUUCUGUUCUUUGACGUCAAACGUACCUGGCAGUGGCUUCCGGCGAACAAGCUGGAAUUGCUGGGCGUCAACAAGGAACUGGACCAGAGCAAGCUGGUAGAAUCGAGGAAGCCCACCGAGAGGAAAGCGGUCAACAAGGCCUACCAGGAGGCACUGCACUAUCACAGCCAGGUGUCCAGUGCCGAUGGGCCGGCGGGGAAGCUUUAGGACGAGGUGAAACUGUUUAAUUUUGUUGAUGUUUUUGCUAUUGAGUUUUGCGACACAGAAUAAUUGUUGGUCCCGAAGUGAUCGGUAAUCGCGGAAAUACACACUAUUGCUGCAUGCGUUAUUAGAUAGAAGAGUAAGAGGCACCGCUAGAAUUAAGUUUUAAAAUGUACUACCUAUUUAUCAUGUAGAUUCUGAUUCAAUGUUUUAUCGAACAGAGACGAGACGAAUAAAUUAGUG